AUGGAGAGUAUCCUUCAAAUAGAUGGCCAGGAGGGCCACGAGUUGGGGUUGAUGGACAUGGUUCCGAAACUUGAGAAACCAUGGUGGAGGACCUGGUUCUUGGUGAGGUUGAACCUCUUGCUCUUGGGUAGUGUGCUCUGCCAAGUGACCCAGGGCUACGACGGGUCAAUGAUGAACGGGUUGCAGUCUUUGCCAUCGUGGCAGCAACACUUUAACCACCCAAAGGGGUCCAUCUUGUCAACAAUGAACAACGGCACCAACUUCGGCUACUUGCUCUCCUUCCCAUUCAUUUCAUUCAUCUUAGACCGGUUUGGUAGGAAGAUGGGUGUUUUAGUCGGAAGCAGCGUUAUUAUUACUGGGGCUAUCGUCCAAGGGUUUGCAAAGGACUUUGGAAUGUUCUUUGCGGGUCGUAUUUUGGUGGGAUUUGGCGGUAGUAUCGCCUCGGCUGCGGCGCCAAGCUUGCUUACCGAAGCGGCCUACCCAACUCACAGAGCCAUUAUCACCUCCAUCUGUCUGGCUUCCUUCCCCUUCGGUGCUUUCACAGCGGCGCUUGUGACCUGGGGGCCGAACAUGACCAUGAGAGAGAGCAACUGGUCGUGGCAGAUUCCUAGUUUGUGUCAGUGCUUCUUUCCUUUGGUCUCUGCCAUUAUUGUGAUGUGUGGGCCAGAGUCUCCACGGUGGUUGAUCAACAAGGGGAAGCACGGGAAGGCGUUGGCGCUCUUGACCAAGCACCACGGCAACGGCGACGCAAGCUCUCCGUUGGUCAAGUUCGAGAUGGCAGAGAUUAUCGCUACCUUGGAGCUUGAAAAGAGCCAAAACAGAAGCUCGUGGAUGGAGUGGCUCAGAACUGCCGCAAACAGAAAGCGGUUGGCUCUUUCGUUGGGGUUUUCGGCGAUGCAACAGUUGUGUGGUAACGCUUUAAUCUCGUACUACAUGACUAUCCUCUUGAACAACAUCGGUAUCACUGACAGUAACGAGCAGUUGAAGAUAAACAUGGGCUACACCAUCAUUGGCUUGGUUGCUGGUAUCUUUUUUGCGUCCACCGUGGAGAAGGCUGGUAGACGGAGGUUGAUUUUAACCAGUUAUGGCUGUUUGUGUGGGGUCUACAGCAUUUUAACGAUUCUUUCGGCUAUCAAUGAGCAGCGUCACUUCAAGGACAAGAGUUUAGCGGUUGGCGUGAUUGUGAUGAUCUACUUGUUCAACAUUGCUUACCACAUUUGCUCCAUUAUUUCUGUUACCUAUAUUUUGGAGAUCAACCCAUACUCCAUGAGGGCGAAGGGUAUUACGUUAUACCAAUUAGCCGCGGGUAUCACGUUGUUGUUUAAUGGCUACGUCAACAACAUUGCCAUGGAUGCUAUCCAGUGGAGAUACUACAUUGUCUGGUCAUGCUGGCUUUUUAUCCAGUUCUGGAUCGUCUAUUUCUACUUCCCAGAAACCAAGGGCAAGGGGUUGGAAGAGAUUGCGGUCAUCUUCGGGGAAGAUGUGCAGGCUGCCCAAAGAGCGGCCGAUGUGGCGGUAUACCAUGCGGUUGCUGGUGACUUUAUAGGCGAGACCGUCAAGGUUGAGUUGGAGCACACGGAGAAGGCGGAUCAAAAGGUUUAA